GAAUAUGGAGAAAUCCAUCCGGGCAUCCGUUUUCCACUGCGCUUAUCCUCACGAGGGUCGUAGGCGCUCUGGGGCUUAUCUCGGCAGCCAUGAGUCGCAGCAUUGUGCGGCAGAGCAAGUUCCGCCACGUCUUCGGCCAGUCCGUCAAGGCCGAGCAGAGCUACGACGACAUCCGCGUCUCCAAGGUGACGUGGGACAGUUCCUUCUGCGCCGUCAACCCCAAGUUCCUGGCCGUCAUCGUGGAGUCGAGUGGGGGUGGAGCCUUCCUGGUCAUUCCCCUCUCGAAGGUGGGCCGCGUGGACAAGAACUACCCUCUGGUCAUCGGACACUCUGGACCCGUCCUCGAUAUCGAUUGGUGUCCCCACGACGAUAACGUGUUGGCUAGCGGCUCUGAGGAUUGCACCGCCAUGGUGUGGCAGAUUCCUGAUCACUCGCUGGUGCGCCCCCUCACUGACCCUGUCGUGGUACUGGAGGGGCACUCCAAGCGCGUCGGCAUUGUCAGCUGGCACCCGACCACACGCAACAUACUCCUCACCGCGGCCAGCGACAACCUGGUCAUGGUCUGGAACGUGGGAACGGGGGAGCCGCUCAUCUCCAUGGACGACCACCCCGACCUCAUCUACAGCAUCAGCUGGAACAGGAACGGGAGUCUGUUCUGCACCACUUGCAAAGACCGCCGCCUGCGCGUAUGCGACCCGCGCAAGGCCGAAGUGGUGGCGGAACGCUUGGCUCCUCACGAUGGCAUCCGACCCAUGAGGGCCAUCUUCACCAGAGACGGGAACAUCUUCACCACAGGAUUUACUCGCAUGAGCCAGAGGGAGCUUGGACUCUGGGACCCGACCAAUUUUGAGGAGCCACUCGCACUGUUAGAGUUGGACACGAGUAACGGCGUCCUGUUACCGUAUUACGACCCAGACGCUAACAUGGUGUACUUGUGCGGCAAGGGAGACAGCAGCAUCCGUUACUUUGAGAUCACGGAGGAAGCGCCCUACGUGCACUACCUCAACACCUUCAGCAGCAAAGAACCCCAGCGGGGGAUGGGCUUCAUGCCCAAGAGGGGCGUGGACGUCAGCAAGUGUGAGAUUGCCAGGUUGUACAAACUGCACGACAAGAAGUGCGAGCCCAUCACGAUGACCGUGCCUCGAAAAUCGGACCUCUUCCAGGACGACCUGUAUCCGGACACGGCUGGGCCGGAGCCCGCCAUGGAGCCCGAGGAGUGGCUGGAGGGGCGCGACCAGGACCCCGUGCUGGUGUCCAUGAAGGAGGGCUACGUGCCACCAAAGAGUCGCGAGCUCAAAGUGUCCAAGAAGAACAUGCUGGACUCCAAGCCCGUCACCCGCCGCAGCAUGUCCUCGUGCGACGGCGCCGGCCUGCCGCCCGUGCUGCUCGAGCAGCUGCUGGAGGAGAUCCAGCACCUGAAGGCGACGGUGUCGUCUCAGGAGAAGAGAAUCAGCGACCUGGAGAGCAAACUGUCCCAGUACGCCAACGGGAUGGCCUGACGGAAUACGGUCCGGGAGCGGCUGUGAAAGCGCUUUGCGGCGCGGCGGCAGCGCCACCGCGCGGCGCUCCGAGGUAGCAGCCGCGCUUGGAGCGUGAAUCCACGUUGCGGUGCGACUGUCAACGUAACGGACCUUUAACCCCGCGGUCAAAAACUCUUCUUAGUGUUUUUCUUCCAAAUAAGAACGAGGGAUGAAGGUUUGAGGGACAUGCUAAGAUGGCAGUCGAUGAAAAGGGAUUAAAAAAAAACCAACAACUUCCUGGUGAGAAAGUAAAUAACCUUGAAAAAGUUACAAACCCUUUAAAUUUUCUACGUCGGCUCAUCUCGCAGUCCUUCACAGCCAUGUGUAAAUAGACAAAAAAAGGAGAGAAAAUGCGUUCCGUUUGUGGCAAAGUCCUGUAAAAGAUUUGACACGUGACGACAAA